AUGCUCAACCUUCUUCAUCACUGCAUCACCACUCACUCCCGAGGGAAGGAAGGCAGUCUUAAAAUCACUAAAGAGGAACGUAUCAUUCCCACUUCCACCAGUAACCAAGAUACCACCAUCAUUGCGGACAUAGCCAUCGUCCUUUCCAAUCACAGUAAUAGAAAUAUGAUCACUUCGCCACCGCCAGAGGGCAAGAAAUGUAUCCUAUCCGACGGCCCGAAAUGCGGCGAUGGCUAUGACCUUUCUUUCAACCCAACCGCGAACACCGCUCAGUGCUGUCCUAAAGGCUCGGUCUGGGAUGGAGUCUUGUGCUCCUCGCAGAACAACGGCGGUGGAUGUCGCCCCGGAUGGAAACCUGUGGGCGAUCGAUGCAAGCUUGAGCCCCGACCAGCGCACUGUCGCCCUCCCACUCGGCUUGAGGACGGCCAAUGUGUUUCCGACAAAAUCCCCACCUGUCCGAACGGUUAUACCGCCGACCAGAACAAUCAAUGCAAGUCGGAGCAGGAGCCCGUGUGUCCCGAUGGCAUGACGUUAGUCAACGGCCAGUGCGUCUCGACCAGGCCCCUGGAGUGCCCUCCGUCGACACACCCUGAUAACGGGCGCUGCGUGAGCAACCGUAAACCGGCCUGCUCGAACCCCAAAGCCAAGUUUGAUGGAAAGGGCCACUGCUUCGUAGAUGAUAUGCCACACUUUCCCAGUGGUAUCUAUCAUGACGGCGCCUGUCUCACGGGCCAGGAGCCCAUCUGUUCGGAUCCCAACACUCGUUAUUUCCAAGGUCGCUGUGUCUCAUCAUCCCGUCCCGAAUGUCCGCCAGGCUCUACCAUGAUUGCCAAUGGUGACUGCAUCACACACGUCAAGCCCAAGUGCACAGAGGAAGGCUACGAGUGGAGCGAGCUCGAAAAACAAUGCCGCAGUAAGGAAAAGACCGAGUGCCCGGACGGAUACCGUGCGGAGAACGGGCAAUGCGUCUCGGGAGACCUGCCGGACUGUGGCGAGCAUGGCACUCUGCAAGGGAAAGACUGUUUCAGCAGGAAGGAACCCAAAUGCUCCGAUGACACCUACUGGGAUGGGGAAGAUUGCCGGUCCCCAGAUGAGCCGGACUGUGGUGAGGGCAAGCGCUUCAAGAAGGAAAAGAACACCUGCGUGGCUGUGGAGGAGCCCGUCUGUGAUGAUACCGAUACUGUGUUUGACAAGGUGCUGAACAAGUGUGUCCUGGUCAAGGGUCCUCAAUGUCCGGAUGGCCAAAAGUUCAACCCUGCCACACAGGGCUGUGUGCUUCUGCUCGUACCCACCCUUCAUGGCAGCAUUCACCCAACACCACCACCCAAUACACCUCCGACCAAUUCGUCGAAAGCUGCGGGGCCAUCCUAUUCGACCUGUCUACCCCAAACAAGACCGUAUGUCUCAUCCAUUACCGUGCAAAGAACGAAUGGCUCCUUGCCAAGGGACGAACAGGGACACGUGCCAGACAUGCCUCGCUCUCACCCGGCUCUUACUGAGCCUUUCAUGGUUACUAUAAGACAGUUAGGUGAAGGUGUUAAGGGUAUCAAGAUUAUUUGGUGGUAUAUUGCUGCCCUGGAUGGAGGGGUGAUUGCUGGGUCUCCUGGUGGUGAGUGGGAGAAGGAGUUUACUCCGGAGUUCUUUUCUUUGGGGGAGGCAGUAGAAAAGCUCAGCUUUGAGGAUGAUCGGGCUGUUCUUCGGAAGGCGAUUGCUUUGGAGGAGGCUCGUUGA